AUGGAUAGAGAAGCCUCAGCUAAGCCCGGAGAAGGACAGUGUUUUUUGCAGGUCACCAAGCAGAGGGCAGGAUGGAAAUUGCCCAUCUUCCUCACGCUGUGCCUGUUGCAAGGUUCUGCUUUGACCCCUCCACAGAGAAGACCCCAUCUCAGAUGCCUGCGGACCGUCUCUCUGCCCUCUGCACCCCGCCUCUGGGCCAAGGAAACACUCACUCCUUUCUCACCCCUCUGCGGGAGAGGGAAGACAUCCAUCGCAGACGCAAACGCACUGAAGGGCCCGAGGCUGGUGUCUGGGGAGCCGGGGGGAACUGUCACCAUCCAGUGCCAUUAUGCCCCCUUGGCCAUCAACGUAUACGAGCGGAAGUACUGGUGCCGUCUCAGCCCCCUGACGUCGUUCUGCCACACCAUUGUGUCCACCACCGGCUAUGCUCAUCUUGGCUACCGUGGCCGCGUGACAUUCGCAGACUUCCCGCAGAGAGGCUUGUUUGUGGUGAGGCUGUCCCAGCUGUCCCCGGAUGAUGUGGGCCGCUACCGCUGUGGCAUUGGGAAGAGAAACGACAUGGUCUUCUUCAGCAUGAAUCUGACCGUCUCUGCAGGUCUUUCCAGCGCCGUCCCCCCACCCACUCUGGCUGCUGGUGAGCUCCUCGUGGCAUCCCUUGGAACAGCAACACUGGCGGCCAACAGAUGGACCCCAGCAACCUCCCGGAUGACAGAAAGACAAGGGACAGGAUUCCACAGAGUUGCUCUGACUCCAGGAACCAGGAAAACAACAGCUUCCGCUGAGGGCAGGCAGACCCCAGGAACAACUGGGGCAGCAGCUCUAGGGACAGGUAGUCGGGUAGAGAGUUCUGUCCGGACAACAGUCCCCAUUCCAGAGAGUUCGGCUUCAACCAUCGGAGAUAUGUCCAAUACGACAGAAGGUGUUUGGGUGUGGGACACCAACGGCUCGGUAGGGGAUUCGGGCAGGCCCAGCGAGGAAGGGAGGGAGAUAACAACUACUGAGGCCGAUAGGCCACAAGAAGAAGCAGAGAGGGUCAGAACAGCUCUGGAUGUAGUUGGGAAGGUCAUAGGGAUCAGGCCAACAACUCUGGUCUCAGAAAAACGGGUGCAGGAAAUCUUGCAAGAAGCAACAGCCAUUGCUAAGCCCCAAGCCCUGGGCUCCAUUGAAAGAACUACCCCAGCUGCAGGCGUGUGGACCCUGGGGCCCUCCAGCAUACAGGUGGCGUCUGAGGAGGGAGCUACCGAAGGGGACCUAGGCAUGCCUGCUGGACACAGCGAUCCCCAAGCAACGCCGAACCAGGCCCCGGCAGCUGGGCCCAGGAGGCCCCUGGGCAAGGGGUAUUCCAUGAAGAGGGCUUCUCCAGGAGAGAGAAACAUCUCUCGGAUCCUGACUCCUGUCUCUACGGUGCUCUUCCCCCUCACGCUUGUGGCUCUCGUCCUGUUGCAAAGGAGGCUCCGGAUAAACAGGACCUCUCAGGAGACAGAAAGGACAGCGGGGGUCACCUUGAUUCAGAUGACGCAUUUCCUGGAACUGAGCCUCCAGCCAGACCAGCUGCCCCACGUAGAGAGGAAGAUAUUCCGGGACGAGUCUCCUCCUCAGGCCCGUCUGACUGUCCCCGAGAGGCACCCUGGCCCCCAAGGAAUGGAACAAUAAGCUAUUCGGUCCCCAUGGAAAGAGAGCCAGGACCAAACGCCGUGACUUCAGCCUUUUUUCAUCCUUCCUCCGCCUAUACAGAGGGAAGCAAAUGGACUGGGGAAACAGAGGCUGGCCGUCCUUGGGCCUAGGAAAGUCAAGCAUUUCCCACAGCCAAAGGUGGUAUAUGACUCAAAGGAGGCUGCAAGAAAGGAUUUAUUAAACAUUGGCGGAGGUCACCUAGGAGAGCGUGGAACUUCCAUUUCCGGGAGUUUGAAA